AUGGAAUCUCUCGAUGCCAAGGAUAAAGAACCAGUCACUCAGCAUGUGGACAUUGUUCACCAGCCAGGCAAGACUGUCAAUUCGUAUCUGAUACUGGCAUGUACGGCGUUUGGCGCAGCCUCAUUCAUCUUUGGCUUCGACGACAAAAUCAUAUCGCCUGUAGCAGCACUGGAACCAUUCGUUGACAAAUAUCAAGGCCCCAACGCAGUCACUGGCAAAUAUGUUCUUAGUGCUCGAAACCAAAACCUCCUCUUCUCAGUCCCCCUUGUCGGAUCCAUCCUCGGCGGAAUGCUUACCUCGCCCUUGAAUACACGAUUCGGCCGUAAAAUCCCCCUGCUGGCCGCAUACAUACUGUCAAUUGGUGGUGGUAUUCUUCAGGUCCUUGCCCCGAACCUUGGAGCCUUCGUCGCUGGACGCUUCAUAAAUGCUAUCGCUAUGGGGCUUGCCAAUGCUACAUCACCACUGUACAUGUCCGAGGUAGUUCCUCCAGCCAUGCGAGGUAGAAGCGUCACGUCGAUAAACAUUCUGUCUCUCAUUGCUGGUGUCGUGGGAACAACCAUUGUUUGGCGUACCGAGCAGCUCGGAGGCCAUCGAUCCUAUAUGAUCCCGCUCAUCGUGCAAUGUGUCUUGCCUGCGAUCCUGUUGGUGUUGACUCUUCCUCUCCCCGAAAGUCCCCAAUGGCUCGUCAGCAAAGACAGGAUGGAGCAAGCCUACAGUAACUUGCGGAAGCUGCGUGGGUUCAGCGAUGCAGAAGUGACUCGCGAGCUCCAAGUCAUGAAAAUGUGCGAGGACAAUGAGCGUAAGCUCAGUGCCAACGUGAAGUUCUGGGAGAUCUUCAACCGGCAGAACCUCAAACGCACGCUCACAGCCGGGUCAUUCUACUCCUUGAACCAGGUCUCAGGCAUCAUUCUCUCAACCACCUACGCCACAGUUUUCCUAACCGAGAUCGGUGUCGGAGACGCUUUCACUUUAACCGUGAUCUCAUCCUGCUGUACCCUGGCCGGCACCAUAGCAGCCCCUUUUGUCAUCGAUCGCGCAGGCCGCAGGCCAACAGCCUUCACCGGAAUGUCCGCUCUGUUCAUAAUCAACUGUAUCGCAGGUGGUCUCGCAUUCGACACGGGGAAUAAAAGCGCAACAAUGGGUAUCGCUGCCUUAUCAUUUAUCUUCAACUUCUUCUGGGCAGCAUCCUUCUACUCCCUAUCCAACCUCAUGCCCUCUGAGAUCGCCACCGCCAAGUUACGAAACCACACGAUGGCAUACACUAUAAUGUGUGCCCAGACAACGGCUGUGAUCACAACCUUAGCCGUACCUCAACUCACCUCCGCAGAUGCUGCGAACCUGGGCUCCAAGACCUAUCUCGUCUUUGCGGGCUGCAUGGCUGGGGUCCUUGUCUUUGCGUACUUCUUCAUGCCUGAGACCCGUGGAAGAACGUUUGCGGAGAUCGAUGAGAUGUAUGAUGCAGGGAUUCCCAUGCGGGCGUGGCGGAAAUAUGAGACAACUAUAGAAUCGAGAACAGCUAUGACAGACGAGAAGUUGCAGGCUUAG